AUGGAGGAGAUAGAAUUACGGCAGGCCCCCCGCUUGGAGGAAGUGGGCAGCGGAGGAGUAUUCCGGCCGGCCGGCGAGCUGGGCGCCGUGUUCUCUGGGAUUUGGGGAUCGAGCAGGUUCAGCCCCUCAGGAAAGCACUUUGGUGUGGUCCGACGAGCAGUGGGAGCUCCGGCGCAACCCUGUUUGCAAGCACCUGGUUUUUCUCGGAAAACCCUAUGGUUCUUUAUGGAUCCUCUUAUGCAUUAUGUUCGAUAUCAAGGAAAGGCAAUUCUUGCAUCAAAAGGCACUUUUUUUUUGAAGAAGAAAUGGAAAUGCUACCUUAUCAAUUUCUGGCAAUAUUAUUUCUGUUUUUGGACUCAGCCGCGAAGAAUCCAUAUAAACCAAUUAGCAAACUCUUGCUUCGAUUUUAUGGGGUACCUUUCAAGUGUACCAAAAAGUUCUUUGUUAGUAAGGAAUCAAAUGCUGGAGAAUUCAUUUCUAAUAGAUACUCGAAUGAAAAAAUUCGAUACCAUAGUCCCCGCUACUCUCCUCAUAGGAUACUUAUCAAAAGCUCAAUUUUGUACUGGAUCGGGGCAUCCUAUUAGUAAACCCAUUUGGACAGAUUUAUCAGAUUGGGAUAUUCUUGAUCGAUUUGGUCGGAUAUGUAGAAAUCUUUUUCAUUAUCAUAGUGGAUCUUCGAAAAAACGGACUUUGUAUCGACUAAAGUAUAUACUUCGACUUUCAUGCGCUAGAACUUUAGCUCGGAAACAUAAAAGCACGGUACGAACUUUUAUGCGACUUGAUGAGGAUACGCGCCAUCCCAUGAACCAAGCUAACCAGGUGGAAGUCUUGAAUCUGUAUAUAGCCCCUCCUUCUUUGGGAUAA